UGGUUUGGUUCAAUCGUCUUCAUACCGUUUUCAUUUCAUUUCUGAUUUUCUGAUUUUCCACUUUUGCUUUGAUGGCCAAAGCGGACUCCAAAGCAGAGAAGCGAGGCUCCAAGCCCGCCGACGCCACCACUCACAGCACACCAAAGCAGCAGCAGCAGCAGUCUGGCAAUGGACAGUCAUCAUCGAGUGCCACACCAGACAGCAAGCAGCACAAGAAGCAGCACAAGGAACAGAACGGAAGCAAUGGCACACAUGGUAGUCGCCACAUGGCGAGCGACAAGGCCGCAAAGACGACGCCCGCUGCAGCCACUGCCACCGCCACCGCCACUACUGCAAAGACUGCUACGACGAGCACAUCCCAUGGCAGCAGCGGCAAGCAGAAGAAGCAGAAGCGCGAGGAGGACGAACUCGCUGACGACGACGACGAGAAUGGCGAAGAGCUCAAUCUCAACCAAGGCGAAGACGCAGAGUGGAUCAGCAAGCUGGACAAGGCCAUCAAGACCGACGCCACUCGCACCAAGCAGAGCAAGCAGGACCGCAAGCAAGCCCAGGCCGAGUCACAGGCCCAAGCGCAGGCUCAGACGGCGGCAAAGCCAGCACCCAACAAGCACAAGCAGGAUUCUCGCUCGUCCAGCAAAGAGUCAAAGCCAGCCAGCAACAACGCAAAGCAGGCGAAUGAUGAGAGCUUCUUGUUGUCGGAGGUGCUGGCGCUGGGCGGCGAGGCCGAGGAUCACGCAUGGCUCAUGGAGGUCGACACGGACGGCCACGAGGAGGUCAAGAAGACGCUCAAGAAGGGCAAGAAGAACAAGUUUGCAAAGGAGUCUGAUGAGGCCGAAGAGGCGUCCAUUGAUGCGAGCGAGCUCGCUCAGUUUAUCAACGGUCUGGGUUUGGCAAAACUUGCCGCGGCCGCCAUGGCCGUCGACGAGGACGACGUUGAAGACGAUGCUGGCAACGCGCCUGCUGGUGGCGACGACGACGACAACGAGGACGGCGAGGACGAUGAUGCGGCAGAUGGCAUGAACGUCGCUAACGCUGCCAACGCUCACGAUGCUGCAAACGACGAAGACGUGUUCAAGUCGGUUUUGGCAACCACCAAGGCGCACCAGCUCGACCUCUCAGGUGGCAGCGCAGACAUCCCCCUCGACAUCAUUCCCGCCAAGCGUGGCAAGGAUGGUCUUUUGUGCCCUCGUAUGGAUGGUACAUGGUUUGAGGCGGAUUACACGAUCGAAUGCUUUGCCAAUCCCGCAGCACCGCCGCAUGCCGAGGCAGCAGCAACCCUGUCUUCGCUUUCGGCCGCGAGCAUGCAGCGCAUCAAGCAGCGCUACGCUGCCGCAGAAAGACUCGUGGCUGAGGACACGGAAGCCUUUGCCGCAUUGAAACUCAAGCGCAACCGCGGCAAGACCGACGCCGACGACGCCUGGUUGUCGACCGUCAUGCAGUCCGGUACCCUUACCGACAAGCUUGCUGCGCUUGUGGUCCAAGUGCAGGAAUCACCGAUUCACAAGCUAAGCACCCUUGACACCCUGCUCAACAUGGCUGCAAAGAAGGGCAAGCGCGAAGCCCUCCUUGCGAUGGAUCAGUUGUUUGAGCUCUUUUCCACCUCGUUGCUGCCCGAGCGCAAGCUGAUUUCGUUCGAGGCCCAGCGCCACGAGGGCAAGAAGGUGGCCAUCACCGACCGCCAUCUUGUCCUCUGGUACUUUGAGGAUGCCGUCAAGCGGCGGUACGCUCAACUCGUCGAGCUUGUGGUGGAAAACCUCAAAGACCCUCUGCCUGAGAUUCGCUCCAAGAUGAUCAAGCUGACCUACGAGAUGCUUCGCAGCAAGCCCGAGCUCGAAAAGCAAUUGCUUGCCGUGCUUGUCAACAAGGUCGGUGACAUGGACCGCCGUCUCGCGUCCAAGGUCGUCUUCCUGCUCUCCACGCUGCUGACCGAGCAUCCCAACAUGAAGUUGGUGGUCAUUCGCGAAGUCGAGCAACUCAUCCUCCGCCCCAAGAUGUCCGAGCGCGCUCAGUACUAUGCCGUCUGCUUCCUCAACCAGAUCGUCCUCAACCAACGAACAGUCGACAUUGCCGCCAAGCUGGUGGCCGUGUACUUUACCCUGUUCAAGCUCUUUGUCAAGCGUGGCUUGAAGGAGAUUGACGGCAAGAUGCUGAGCGCCCUGCUCACGGGUGUCAACCGCGCCUAUCCGUACGCGCUGCCCGUCUUGUCGGCUGCCGAGCGAACCGAGCUGGACGGCGAGCGCAGCAAGCAGACACAGGCACAGCAGGCGAUUCUCAGCUACGAGCGCCAGCAAGCCCAAAUACUCAAGACUGGCAAGAAGCAGCGACACCGCAACCGCGUCCCCGCGCCCACCCCGUACACCAUCGCCGCUUCCCUGAGCACCAACGUGCGAGCUGCGCUUGAGAUGGACCAGCACAUGGACACCCUCUUCCGUGUGGCCCAUCUGACCAACUUCAACACGUCCAUCCAGGCGCUAAUGCUGCUCUUCCAAGUCAUGCACCACCGCGAGUCAUCCGAGCUGACCGACCGUUUCUACCGCGCCCUGUACGACCGCAUUCUUGAUCCCAACCUUGCGGCUUCGAGCAAGCACGCCCUCUUCCUCAAUCUCAUCUUCCGAGCGCUCAAAGCCGACGAGAACAUCCAUCGCGUCAAGGCUUUCGUCAAGCGUCUCUUGCAAGUGUGCGCCUUCCACCAGCCCCACUUUAUCUGCGGCACGCUCAUUGUCGUUUCGGAGGUUGCCAAGGCCAAGCCAGCGCUCAUCACUCUGAUCAUGCAGCCAGAGGCUGAAGACGAGGAGGAGCGUUUUGUUGAUGCCGACAAGGCCGCUGAAGACCACAACGGCGAUGAGGCAGCCGAGGCGAAGAAUGGUUCGGACGACAAGCCACUGAACCUGCUGUUCGGCCGGUAUGACCCUCUGAAGCGCGACCCACAGCACGCACGGGCAUCUGACUCGUGCUUGUGGGAGCUGACAUCCUUCUCCCAACACUACCACCCGUCGGUGGCUGCAUUCGCUGCAGCACUGUUGGAUGCGCAGCCCAUCGAGUACAAGGGCGACGCGCUGCAGGACUUUACGCUGAUGCGCUUCUUGGAUCGCUUCUCGUUCAAAAACCCCAAGAGCAAGCCGUCGUCGCACGGUAUCUCCAUCAUGCAGCCGCACAUCUCAAAGGCGGCUCGUGAACGUCAGGCGCCCGUCAACUCGACUGCCUUCCUUUCGCAAAAGGAGGACGCCGUUGCUGAUGAUGAGCGAUUCUUCUACAGCUUCUUCAAGCAGAAGGCCGCGUUUGAGGCGUCUGAGCAGAAGAAGCUCGCCAAGAAGACCAAAGCCAAGUCUGAGGAUGACGAGGAGGACGAUGACGAUGCUGAAGACCUCGAAGGACUGCUCGGUGCUGAUGAUGGUGAUGAUGACGACGACGACGACGACGAUGAUGAUGAUGAUCAACUCGAGGAUCUCGCUUCGAAAGGCUCGUCCAAACGAUCUGCACGAGACGCCGCGCUUGACAGCGAUGAAGACGAUGAGGACGACGAGGACGCGGACGUCGACGAUGAUGACGAAGAUGACGAAGACGACGACGACGACGAUGACGAGUUGUACGACGCACUUGCCACUCGCGAUGCCGAGGACGAAGACGACGAAGACGUGCACGAACCCACCGAAAAGCAACUCGAAAAGAUGCUGCUUGCCUCGCUCGAGGAGGACGGUGAGCUUGCGGUUUCCGACAAGAAGCAAACGCGCCAACAGCGCAAGAAGGCGCGAAUGGAGGCGGAUGAUGACGACGACGACAACGACAUGUUUGAUGAAGACAACGAUGACGAGAUCGCCUUCGAUCCUGCCAGCAUCAAGAACGGCAUCAAGUCCAAGGCCGGAAAUGUGUUUGCGUCCGCUGAAGACUUUGCGCAUCUGCUCGAGUCCUCCGGCUCGGUCAACGUCAAAGAGCGCGCAUGGCAAAACAGCAAGCAAGGAUACGGUCGCAGCCGUGGCGAUCCUGGCCGUGGCGGCAGCCGAGGUCGGGGCAGCCGUGGCCGUGGCGGUCGUCGAUAAUUUUGUUUAUUGGUUUAGUGCCGUUUGGCGUAAUAAUGGCUCACUAUUUGAUUUUCAAUACAACGCUGUUUCACGAUCAAUGAGUUUUAUUUCCAGCUUUGUGAACGGCAAUGGUUUGACUGCAAGGGGCGAUCGUUGCGAACAAUAAAUAACUCA